CACAUGCUUACGACAGUGCAAUGUGGGGUGUGCAUAGGUUCACGAAACGUACCCGCGCCCAGGCGCACCAGCCUUCUUAACGGAAGAGUUGUUUACUUACGGAAAGCUUCAGUUGUUUGAUGCUCUUCUGUCCCUUUAAAUGCUGUGUGGUUGAAGUUGAGUUGAACCGUGCGGUAUGGGAAGCUUUGCGGCUGAAGCUACUAGGAUCAUGGAUGAACCAGAAACGCAGAAGAAGUUGGAAACUGAGGCAGUUUAUGUACCUAAUGUAGGUUUAGCGAAGAAAAAUUAUCUUAACAGGGUGUUUGUCAACCGCUGUCUAACGCUGGAAAACAUCAAGUGCUAUGGCUUCGACAUGGAUUACACCCUGGCCAUGUACAAGUCCCCAGAGUAUGAGGCGCUGGGCUUUGAACUGCUCAGAGACAGGCUGGUGUCCAUCGGCUAUCCCCACGAGCUGCUCCGUUACACCUACGAGCCGGAGUUUCCCACCCGUGGGCUUGUGUAUGACACCAUGUAUGGGAACCUUCUGAAGGUGGAUUCCCAUGGCAACAUCCUGGUGUGCACUCAUGGCUUCACCUAUCUUAAAGGUGAAGAAAUCCAUACCUACUACCCCAACAAGUUUAUCCAGAGAGAUGACACAGAGCGCUUCUACAUUCUCAACACUCUGUUUAAUCUGUCAGAGACAUACUUGUAUGCGUGCCUUGUGGACUUUUUCACCAGUUGCACACGAUACAAAAUGUGCACCCAGGGCUUCCAGCAUGGAGAUCUCUUCAUGUCCUUCAGGAGUAUGUUUCAGGAUGUGAGAGAUGCUAUGGAUCACGUUCAUGACACUGGCUCACUGAAGGAAAGGACCAUAAAGAACUUGGAGAAAUAUGUGGUAAAAGAUCCAAGGAUCCCAUUGCUCCUGAGCCGUGUUAAAGAGGUGGCCAAAGUGUUCUUGGCAACAAACAGCGACUAUGGCUACACAGAGGCCAUUAUGAAGUAUUUGUUAGAAGUUCCUCCUGGUGCAAGGAACAGCGCACCGAAGAAAUCCUGGCGCAAUUUCUUUGACCUGGUUGUUGUGGACACACGGAAACCUGUGUUCUUUGGUGAGGGGACGGUCUUGAGACAGGUGGACACGUAUACGGGAAAACUCCGCAUCGGGACUUAUACUGGAGAUCUGCAGCACGGGACGGUCUACUCUGGAGGCUCCUCUGACAUUGUGUGUGACCUGCUGGACGUGAGGGGCAAACAAAUCCUGUACGUGGGAGACCACAUCUUCACAGACAUCCUCAAGUCCAAGAAACGGCAGGGCUGGAAGACUUUCCUGGUGGUGCCCGACCUCAUCAAAGAGCUUCAUGUCUGGAUGGAAAAGAAAUAUUUGUUUGAGGAGCUGAAGACUCUCGAUGUCUACUUGGCUGAUUUCUACAAACAUUUGGACAGCGGUAGUCAAGAGCGUCCAGACACCAGUGCCAUCCAGAGCAAGAUGAAGAAAGUGACGUACGGUAUGGACAUGUGCUACGGUAAGAUGGGCAGCCUGCUGCGCUUUGGCUCUGCCAAGACCCUGUUUGCCAGCCAGCUGCUGCGGUAUGCCGACCUGUAUGCCUCCACCUGCCUCAACCUGCUACACUACCCCUCCAGCUACGCCUUCAGGGCCCCACUCGUCCUGAUGCCACAUGAGUCUGCAGUGGACCACCUCAUCAAAGAACACUCCUCCUUAGAACACUCACUGCCCAUUCACGAGCUCAAGACGGUGGACAUCAAGAAAACCCACGUGGAGAACCCUACGGCAUUAGAUGAGACAUGAGGAUGUUGGUGUGUGUGUGUGUGUGUGUGUGUGUGUGUGUGUGUGUGUGUGCAUGAGGGGAGGAGGGAGCGAGAGCAGGUGACUGUUUGUUAAUAAGAGGUUUUUGUGCAGUAUCUUUACAUCCAAGGGCUCAGAGAUGACCACUAGUGCAUGUGUUGGACGCUUGGUUGUGUUAGUAACAUACUAACCCCAGCUGUGGUAGUCUUGCUGUGAUUAGGUCUCAGACUGUAUUUUUACAAUAGUUGUUACUUGCUAAUAGUGUAGGAAAUGACUUGUAUUCUGGAGUGUUUAAGUGUGAUAGUGUGUUUAAUUUAUGUUAUUUAUCAGUAGGUUUUUUUAGAAUAUGUGGUCCUUUUGAAUGGCUUGUGACUACUGUUAAGGUAAAACACAUUAGUUUAAAAUUCAACAUUCUUUUUUUUUUAAUCGCCCCCCAGCAUAUGCAGUCAAAAGUUCAGCAGAAACCAACACAUUUUUUUUUAGGACACACCUUUGCAUACCUGCCAGGCAGAGCAGUUAGAGCAGUUAAAGUCAUGUGCACAUGGUUUCCACACUCCCACCACUAAAACGUCUAUAACAGGCCAAUGCUAUAUUUUUAAACUUUCAUUUUUAAAUUUACUUUGUCAUCCUUGACAAUGCAGUGCUGCGCAUCCAUGUAAUAGUUGGUUAAUUUCAUGUAACAUUGAGCAUUUUUCCACCCCUUUUUCCCAUCCUAUGUAGUGUUACCAAUACAAGAAGACCAAAGUGAUUUUUUUAUAUUUUGAAGAUAAAUUGAUAAACCGACUUUCAUAUUUUGUUCAGUCUUGUGUAAUGCCAAUCACCGUCUGAGACAAGUUUUGUGCACGGUCAAUUGAGUUUUUGGCUCCUUUCUUUUGAAUUGAUGCUUCUUUUUAUGAAGACGUUCAUGCAUUCAUUUUAUUAAUAUAUUCUAAAAUGGUAGAAUUAUGAUGGUUUGACUUAAUAGUACCUAAACGACCAAAAUGUUAACCCGACAAAAACACCAAGUGCCUUACCCAUAGUGCCUGCCUGCAUCAAGCAUUCCGCUCCUCACCUCCGCAUGCUCCCGUAUACGAACGAACAUAUUUUUCCCGCUAGAUGGCGAUAGAAACAUAUAUACCGUAAAGAUCAUUUCAGCGUGCGAAUGAAGGUUUGUUUUUUAUUAGAAUCAAUGAGCAAGUGUCAUACUUGGGUGCCUAUAUCGUCCACAUCAGAGAAUGUUAUUUCUAAAGUACGCUGUUGUUGAAUAUAGACAAUGUGAAUGUAUAUAUUUAAAAUGUAUUAAAUAAAUGCCUUAAUAUAUCUUUUA